UCGAUCAACGUUCGAUUUCAUAACGCGCUGAUGAUUAUCGACUCGUGGAAUUCCCGGGGAUAUUCGACCAGGUUUCCAGCAGUGGGAAAUAUCCCCCCGUCGAAUAUACAUCUCGAAAAAGGGAUACGAGGGUUCGAGCCACGUGGCAGCUCGCCAAGAUCCGAUUACCACGUCACCCGCGUGCCUGAGGAAUUAGAAAACAUCAAGAUGACAGUGUGCGACUGCAUUUUUAUGGGACUGUUGCCGGCAGGGCGGCGCCGAAAAAAGACCACCAUGGAGUCCUGGCUGAGCGAUGUGCAACGCGUGAGAAUUCCACGGCCGAAAUUCGGCAGCGGGAACUCGAUCAGGCGAUCGAACUCGACGGUGCAGCACGCGCGGUCCGAGAUUCACCUGCGCCAGACCCAGGACGUGGUGAAAGCGACGGAAGAGCUGCGCCAGGCGUUGCAGGACAAGCUCUGACCAGCCGGUCGACGAUCAGGGCAGGGUGACACCGUGAAUUCGUCGAACCAAGGCAAUCCAACCGUCGAGGAUCGUCGUCCCGGGAUACAGGGAUUGAAACGGUCUCGGAAAUAACUGUUAUGCACCGCCGGUUACGAUUAAAACAGGAGAACCGGAGAAAUGUCCGAGACUAUUACGAAUCGUAUCGGUUUUAACCUAUGUUGCUUUUGGUUUUGGUCUCGAUGAAAUUGAAAAAUUAUGUUGUAUUCGUUGUUCCUCGGUUCUGUAUCGGUUCUAUGUUUUGUAACUGUUAUUUUAGGUUACAGUUUGGUUCUAUAUUGUAAUAGUCGAUAUAGAAUUGAAAGUAAAUGCAGAGAAAUAACCGUGACUAUUACGAAUCGCAUUUGUUUCGAUCGGUAUCGUUUUUGUUUUUGGUCAAAGUGAAAUCGGAAAAUUAUAUUAUAUUCGUUGUUCUUUGGUUCUGUAUCGAUCCUAUGUUUUGUAACUGUUAUUUUAGGUUACAGUUUGGUUCUACAUUGUAAUAGUUGAUAUAGAAUCGAAAGUAAUUGCAAAGAAAUAACCGUGACUAUUAUGGAUCCUAUUUGUUUCGAUUGAUAGUGUUUUUGGUCAAAGUGAAAUCGGAAAAUUAUAUUAUAUUCGUUGUUCUUUGGUUCUGUAUCGGUUCCCGGUUUGAAUGACAUGCAGAAUCAAAAGCGGCAGUAAAAUCGACGCAAAGUCGAUAAACGAUAUAGGUAAUAUCAGCUCUGAAGACUGGUUACUACAGUUAAUCGAUCGUUACAGUGUAGAACCGAAUCACAACAAACAUUAAAAUAAAAGACAACAAUUACAGGGCAUAGAACCAACGGAUAACUAGAAAGUGACAGUUGUGAAACCGAUACGAAACCGACAUAAUGUCAAUUCUAAAACCAAAACUGAUAUCGCUCAGAACUGACACAUCCAAGUAACAGUUUCAGAUAUUUGUUCAGUUCUUUUAUCUGUUCCAAGAAUCGAAACCGAUAUUGUAACUGUUUUCAAUCCUUACUGGGACAAUACGAGCGUCACCAUAGAAAGUCGUCGACCCUUAGAAAAAUGGACAAUGGGCUGUGCUGAACGAAGACACUGGCUAUGGUGUGCCGAGAGUUUUUUCUAAUGAACGGACCGAUGAAUUUUGGAGAGAUGGCGAACGGCGGCAGCGAUCGGCUGCAACAACGAUCCGAUCGGGAUCGAGCGAGUUUUACGGUGUAUAGUGGAAUUCUGAUUGAUUGGAGCUUGUUAUUCCAUUUUUUCUAACUUUCUGUCUUUUAACCAUUCGCAAACGAGAAUUUUUUAAACUGAGAAAUUGUUUAUGUAUUGAAGUUUUAAUAUUUUAUUUACCGAGAGGCUAUUAAUAGGAGUUUUGAUGACUGUUUUAUAUCAAAAAGCGGCUUAGUAAUAUUGAAUAAUAUUUUAAUAACUAAUAGCUUAAUAGAAUAAUAAUUUUGAACUGUUGUUUCGAAGAAAAUUGAAUUGAUAUUGCUUUUGAAGUAGUUAUUAAGCAAUCUUUACGUGUUGGUUAUGAAUCUUUGUUGAACUGUUCAAUACCUGUCGGUAGAUAACAUGUUAAAUAGGAAAGAUAAAAAUCACAUACCAAUUUCUCGUUAUUUAAGUGAUUAAUUAUAUUCUUUCUCCAUCCUACGAUGUUGAAAAUUUCAUAGAAAAUUCUUUUUCGAUGUUCUGUCGGGUUGAUUUGGUGGUUUGUCUUCGUUCAGAUCUUGAAAAUGAAACUUUUUGGUGAUGCAACCGGUAAAUAAAAUUUUCAGCUGUAAGAGAUGCAAGUUGCAACAAGCUUUGAAGAUUACAUUACGGAUAUUUAUGUGUUUGGAAUGUGUUCGACUGUGUAAUGCACGAUAAAACGUUGAUAUGAUAUUUUCUGUUAUGUUUGUAUUAUUCCGAAUACAUUGGAACUGUGAAUGGAAAAGAUAAGUUGUUAUUCAAUGUGGGUUUUAAAGAAUUCCUUUUUAACGAUUGAAAAUUAUGGGAACAUUCGCAGUCUAGCGAUGACUACGAUAAAUCUUAGCUUUUCAUUGGAGACAUUAUAAUAAUGCUUUGCUAGUAAUAUUUUCAUUGAGUUUUUAAUUCAUAAGAUCUACUGCAGCAUUGAAAUAAAAGGUUCUGAAUUUCCUCUUGCCUGAGUGAGAGUGUUAUUACGCAUUGAAUUGCAUUUCACUUCAACGUGCCUCGAAGAUCAGAGUUCUACUGUAUUCAGAAAGCGUCUGUAGUCUGUAUACUUAUAAACAGUCAGUAUUAGCAGUCACAGAAUGUCUCUGAAAAAACUUGCUCCUCGUGUGAAUGUGUACAGUUUAUUAUUACGUCUAUAUGCAUACAACAAUUUUGUAAUUAAAGAUUGUAAGUGUAAUCGAAGAAACGUUCCAAAGGA